AUGGCUUCAACUCCACCCACAACAACAACAAGCCCUGGACAAGAAGAGCAAGUCUUGUCACCACCUAGCGACAUCUUUUUGACUCACUCCAACCGCCCGCUGCCGCCUUCAUCGGCAGCAGAAGAAGUUUCGACACAAGCAGCGAUGGACACCACCACGCCACAGCCCGCACCAACAACCACCACGUCGCCGCCCGUGGCUCACCCGGUCGAGGCUGCCCCGGCCCCCGAGACGCCGGGCCGCGAGGGGGUCUUCAAGCUGAGGGCCUCCGACUUCCAAAGCAACGAAGUGCCCCACUACUUCCUCACCGCCGGUCGCAAGUGGCUGGUUUGUAUCGACGGCUCGAGCGAGUCCAAGCUGGGCCUGUUCCACGCGCUCAACCUCAUGAACGUCAACGAGGACCACCUCAUCCUGGUGCACGCCGUCAAGAAAUCGCGCUCGCUCGCCAGCCGCCUCUCGAUCUGGCGCGGCGGCUCGUCAACGGCCGAAGCCCAGCCCGCGGCCGGUGGCGUGCCGGCACCCGAACCGGCGGCCGCCCAGGAGCCCGAGCCCGAGCCCGACUCGGUUAAGCGGGGCAAGGGCUAUCUGGCCCACGCCGGCAACCUGGCCAAGCAGUGGUCCGACGGGGUCAAGUGGACGUCGCGCUUCAUCGAGGCCAAGGACCCGCGCGAGGCCAUCUGCGACCUCGCCAAUGAGGAGAAGGUGGACUACAUCGUGAUGGGUAGCAGAGGCCAGAACCCGAUCAAGAAGAUGUUCAUGGGCUCGGUCUCGUCCUACGUGUCCUCCCACGCGCCCUGCCCGGUGAUCGUCAUCCGCGAGACCGAGGAGCAGCGCCGCGAGAAGAGGGCAGCUGAGCUGGAGGAGAAGAAGGUGCAGAAGAAGACGUCGGAGAAGACCGAAAAGAGGAAGAUGCUGCGCAAGAAGAAGAAGGACCAGCGCAAGGCCGAGGGCCAGCUUCACGCCCAGCAGCAGCCACAACAGCCACAACAGCUGUACAUGGAGCAACCGCCUCUGCUUCAGCAGCCGCAACAAUUCCAACAACAGCCGACGACGACGCUGCAGCAACCGAUGAUGAUGACGAUGGCGACCGCAGGGGAGGAGAAGAGGUUCGAGGAGUUCCUGCCGCAGCCGCCCAUCCCGCCGCCGGUCGAUACGAGCCUGGGUACCCAGGGACCCAUCGUGCCCGGCGAGACCAACAUCCCCGUCAUGGACAAGUGA